CUUAACUUAAACGAGAGUCCUUUCUUCUCAUGGAGGCUUGGACUAGGUUUUGUUUUCAUUUUAAAAACAAACAAUCCUUACUUCACAGCAAGUAACCAAAGUGAAAUGCCGACUUUAUCGUCUCGCGCUUUAGGCACCAUUAACGGCGCUUGUGUCGGCGAUGCCCUCGGCGGCCCAGUACAGUUUAUGCGACCUGGUAGUUUCGCUCCAAUUACGGGCCUCGAAUAUGUUAAACCAUUUCGUCAGCCUGCUGGCUCCUAUUCUGACGAUGGCGCUAUGACCCUUGCCCUAGCCCAAUCCUUUAUAGACGCCAAUGGGAAAUACAACCAUUUGGGGUCAAUCAAGUAUUACCUCGAGUGGCUCUUUGACGGUCGAUUUAGCACGAGAAAUCACGCCUGGGAUGUGGGUGUUUCGACAAGACUGACGCUGAGUAUAUGGAGGGAUGCGAUAUGGAAGUACUAUGAAUGGAAAAGCCCAUUGACGGAUGAUGAUAUUACGGAAACGCAAAAUAAUGUGUCUAAUUCGCUUGGAAUGGAAGAAUCGAGUGGAAAUGGAUCUUUGAUGAGGAUUGCCGUUGUAGGCGUGAUGAUGCAUACGGUGGAUGAUAUAGACAUAGUAAGGGAGACAGCACGGAAGCAGAGCUCCGUUACGCAUCCGAGUAUCGCGUGUCAAGAAGCGUGUGCGGUGUAUACGGAGGUUGUGUGGAGAGCCAUGCAUGGAGAACCCAAAGACCAACUCGCCCAUGCUAUUUCAGUAUUCCCAGUCUCUCACACAAUACUCCGCCAGAGACUCGCCGCUUAUCCAUCUCUCUCCUCCUGGCAAGAAACUUCGAAUACGGAUAUCAAGAGCUCCGGCUGGGUGAUCGAUACUUUAGAAGUGGCACUAUGGGCCUUUUUCAAGUUUGACAACUGGAAAGACGGCGCAUUAGCAGUGGUGAACCUCGGAGGAGACGCAGAUACAGCGGGGGCGGUAUAUGGCGCGUUGGCAGGGUGUUGGUAUGGCGUUGAGGGGAUUCCAGGGGAAUGGAAAGAAGGGAUGCGAAGGAAAGAGCUUAUUGAAGAGAUUGCUGAAGGGGUUUCCGGGCUGGUGUAAACCUGGUUAUUGGUGCUGUUUCGAUGAUGAUUAGACAUGACAGUACAUAUAAUCGAUGCUAAGUUUAUCUUUGUAUCAAUUAUGUUGAUAAACUACUACAUAUCUAAUUAUUCGUUUUAUACACAUGUACUUCUUCACGGUAGCCUUCAAGUUACUGAAUCGAGAUUACACUUCGU